CGGCGCCGAGCCGUGUGCACGCGCAAACGCAAUUAUUAUUGUUGUGUGUUUCCCUUUGACCUUAUUAUUUCGUAAUAUCAUCAUCUUGUUCGUUCACGAAAUCAUCUUGUUCGUCGCAUGAUUUCGGUACAGAAGUGUUUGAGGAAAUCAAACAGAUGAGUGGUCACCUUAAGAGAUGCUAUGACAUCGAGUUCAUGAUGCGAUUAAAAGAAGACGCAUUAUCCAAGAAAAAACCAGAUAUACCGCUGCUGGAAAGUUGCAAUGUCAUUAAAAUUACCUCCUUCGAGCAUCAUGACGCUAGUGUGCGUAUCUCGAGAGAACCAAGGAUAGAUCGAAGGAAACCACUGAUUGGCAAAGGCAGCAUGAAGUUGAUACCUUCGCCGGUGACCACUGUGCAUCCUCAAUGUAUAUCCAUAUCUCUGACACGUGAAGAAGUCAAGUUAAGCAAGUCCAAAGAUGCCUGGAAACCAGCUCGCUUGAAGAAGGUUGAUCUCAAUGAGGAAGAGGUUAAAACUCAGGAUCUUUACAAGAAAUUCCGUGGUAUACUAAAUAAGUUGACACCACAAAAAUUCGACACAUUGCUGGACAAAGUGAAAAGUCUCGAGAUCACCACACAGACGCGCCUCGAAGGAGUCAUCGAUUUGGUUUUCGAAAAGGCAAUCGAAGAGCCCAAUUUCUCUGAGGCAUACGCAGUGCUGUGCAGCAAACUGUCUACAUUAAAGGUACCAUGUGACAACGAUCCCGACAAAUGUGUCAACUUCCGUGGACUAAUCCUCAGUAGAUGUCAGAAUCAAUUUAUGACAAAGAAAACUGACGAACAAGUGUUGAAAUUAGAAAAAGAGCUCGAAGAUUGCGACGAUCCUGCAAAGAAGAAAGAGCUCCUCGAACAACUAUCAGAAGAGCAACGGCGCGUCAGAAAGCGAUCUGUCGGAAAUGUUAGGUUUAUCGGGGAACUGUACAAGCUGAAAAUGCUGACCGGCAAAAUUAUAAUAUACUGCAUGACAUACCUGGUCGACAAAAUGGAGGAAGAAAAACUGGAAUGCCUCUGCAAACUCCUCACAACAAUAGGCCAACAGGUGGAGAAAGAGUCCAAAGAUCAACUAGAUGUCAUAUUUAAGAGGUUACAUGCAAUAGCUUUUCGGAAAACAAGCGAUAUUAGUAGCAGAGUGCGAUUCAUGAUCCAUGAUGUCAUUGAUUUGCGACUUGGUAGUUGGGUUACGAAGAAUGUGAUAGACUCACGACCUAAGAUGAUGAAUCAAAUACUAAAGGAAGCGGAGCAACAGCAAAGAAAUAUUGAGUUAAUGAACGCCAGUCCUAGUCGAGGCAAGCGCAGCGGUGACGUCAGGAGACAAGGGCGCCAGGACUUAAUGAUGGACAACCAGAGGAAGGCUCCGCGUGUUACCUACACAGUUGAUACAUCUAAAUUUAAGGCUGUAAACACACAAAAGAAUCUUAGUGACAUUAAAUUAGCCCCACCCUCAGCCUGGAACCAUGGCUCCAGAACCAUGAGUUCUACCAAGGACCCUGUCAGAGCCAGUAGCGGUCCUAUGGUUAGCCUCUCGAGAAAUAUGUUCAGUGCCCUUGAUACUAUUCAAAAUCCUCCAGCGCUCAGCAUAAGACAAAAGUCCACCGACUACCAACAAUCGAAGUCAAUCGAGAGAUGUACAUUCACUUCUCAACGUGAUUUCAAUACCAACAAUAGCAGAGGCGUUUCUUCAACCUCUUCAACCAGUACAUCGCGGUCCAAUUCUGGGCGCGGAAAUAACAAUAUUACCUUCAAGCGUUCUGAAGAAACCUUGCCUCGAGUGCCUCAACAGCCUUCGGCCUUGCCUCUAAAACCUUCGGCAGUACCCCAAGUGAUAUCGGCCUCGUCUCAAAAUCCUUCGGCUAUGCCCCAAGAACCUUUGGGAGAACCUCAAGAGGCACUGCCCGAGGGUAUGAAGAGGGAAGUCAAAAUGCUCGUCAUGGAGACUCUUGACAAUCCCAACGAUGAAGAGUUCGCGUCAGUGUUCAAGGACACAUUGCCUAGCCUGUACCACUCGGCUGCUGUCACUGAAAUACUCAACAUCGCUCUAGAAAAAUCAACAAAAGAUGUUCAGACUAUCGCGAAAGCUACAAAUCGCCUCCUAUCGAGUGGUACUGUUUCUGGUGAACAUUUCCUAACUGGUAUGACUGAGAUUGUGGAGUGCGCGCCAGAUUUGCAAAUAGAUAUACCAAUGUUAUAUGAAUAUUUAGGGAAAUUCAUUGCACCGCUAAUAGAAGGAAAGCAUAUUACAUUUGUACAGAUAUUUGGAAUAUGUAAAAAUAUUAUAAAGUCUAAUCAUGGUCACUUAUUCUUGAGACCUUUAAUGAGAUACCUAAAGGACAGUGCGGGACCUUCCUUUGUAAAAAUGAAAUGGUCAGAAUCUGGGUUGGACCUCAAGCAAUGGAUGAAAGAAGAACAGGUUCCUAAAUGGCUAGAAGACAAUAAAUGCGAAUUCUUGGUAGACGACAAAUCUAUUGCGGCGACAGAGAAACUUUUGUCUCCAAUGGAGACACAGAGACAUCUCUUGCAGCUUAUGAACGCUGAGGAAAACUGUGAAUACAUAUUAGGAUGGGUUCGGGAUAACGUAGGUGUGUCAUCAACAGAGGAUUGGUUCAUGCGGUGUCUAAUCCAAGCGAUAUGUGAGCACGCACUGUCGGCAGGCGCGUGUUUCAAUGUCAUGCGCAUGUCCAAGUAUUCACGCCUCAUCAGCGAUUUCGGCAACUCCAAAGAAGAGAGGGAAACCAACUGUCUUCUCGGUGUCCAACAGCUAAUGCGCCAGCUCCAGUAUCCUCCAGGUUUAACGUUAGAAAUAUUCCAAUUUCUGUACGAGCAAUAUAUAAUAUCCGUCGAAGGUUUCAUUGCGUGGGAAGUGUCAGAAUUGGAACCGGAAGGCAAAGGUGUGAUGCUAAAAGCGCUGACGUCAUUCUUCACGAACAUCAAGGAGGCCAAUGUAGACUCCAGCGGCGAGGAGUGAGGAAGCUGUCCUCCUCCUCCUCCGUCCAUCCAGUGUUUCAGUUUGAGAGGGUUAACUUCAUUGAUGAGAGGGUUAAUUAAUUUAUUUAUUUAAUUGUCAUUACACUACUUUCUUUUAGUUUGAGAGAGGGGAGGGUAUUUUGAAGGGAGUAAUUUAUUUAUAUAUUUAUUGAGUAGCUGUUAAGUACCUACCUUGAUAAAUUAUGUUAUUUUUAAAUAUUAGAUAUUUUUUCCAGUAAAUGAUAUAAUUUAAAUUAAAUUUGAUGAUUACAAGGUCGACCUGUUUUAAAUUCUAUUUUUUUUAUAUAGGAAGUAAUAAAUUGUCUCAAACAAUGUUGGUACUAUGACCAAAAUAGAGCUUUUGUCAAGGGCUAAUUUGUAAAAGAAUAAAAAAAACCUACCGCCCUUUUGGUAAUCCGGCGCUGCGUACCAGUACGAUGCCGCGUAGAAACCGUCAAAUGUAUGGGUAGAAUACAUUUGUAUCUCUUCCAAGUAAUUCUCCAUUUUAGAUAAUGUUAACCCUUAAUAUCGUAAGUCAAAGUCGUUGAUGAUCGUUGAUCGUUGUCAUAUACUUUGACAGAGGGGCCAUCGAUAUAAAUCAUUAGAUGGGCCCCUACAUACUAAAGAACCCACAAUGUUAUGUCAUUACUCAACGACGUGCACGCACAUCUUAACUUAGUAUGAACAAGCGCAUGCUGUGACUUAAGAAAAUAUUUUACUGUUUUUUUCUUGUUUAGUCCCAUAAUUAUAUCUUCGUGAUCAUUUUGGAAGUGUAAAAACACAAGCCGCAACACGAAUAAUGAGAAAGUUGUUACUUUUCAUUCUUAAGUAAUUGCGAAACUAAUGACAAUUCCGCGACGCUUCGGGGCCCAUCUAUAGAUCUACGAUCGAUGAGAUUGGCAACGUACUCAUAUCGAGACAGGUACCUAUAUAAUUCGUUUGAAAAGUAAUUUUAUAUAGGUUAACCCUUAACUGUAAUCAUGGGGCUAAUUUGACAUUAAAUUAAAAAAAAAAAUGUGCAAAAUUCUUGUAUUAGAAAUGUAUUUAAAUGAUGUUUUAUAUUUUUAGAUUUUUUAAGAAUAAUAAAGAAGGUAUGACCGUAUGACGUUAAAUUAAUUUGUAUGUUAUUGAUUUUGUAUUGUUUAAAAUGAAUGUAUAAAUUUAAAACGAAAAUAAAGAGAAAUUAAUGUUCAU